AUGGCCACGCUCGAUAUGCAACAAAAUAUUUUGAAUCAAGUAGCUGAAAGUGAACAACAGCUGCAAGAAGAAGUUCAAUUAACCGAAUUGUUACCGGUGAAGCAAUCGCAAAUAAGAGAGAAUGAAAUUUUUAAACAUAUGGACACACAUACCGAUGCGACUGACGCUUUGAAGAUACUACAAAGUUUCACCAUUACCGACGAUUGUUACAACGAUGGUGAACACGAACUUCGUUCGAGGAAUUUGUCUCCGUGCAGUAAAAUCGGACAGACUGAUGAAGAGCAGCAAGAGAAUGGCAGACAAUGGCGAGAAGAUAAAAAGAAAGGGAGGAAUAGCAUCCGAAGAUUGGAGAAUGAAUCAAAAGCACAGAAAAAAAUGUAUAAAUACGUUAAUAAACAAUCGAUGAUCGAUCGUGUAGUGAAAUCUACGAAGAAGAGAACGAUCAUUUACACGGUAGAAAAUACUAAACACGAAGGGAAUGGCGACGGAUGGAUGGGAAAUCAUAAGUUCGAGGAAAACGAGUUCUUCGAUGAUAAGGAAGGAAACUGCAUGUCGAAGAAUGACGAACAGGUAGAGUCGACGAUUUAUUUCGAUCCUGACAAGAAUCAUUUACACGAUGACAUUUACUUGAUUCAUCGUGAGUUGGUAAACGAGGGACAGUCGCGGAAAAUAAGUCACUCGAGCAACGCAGAGACAAUAUAUGAAAACGAGGACUAUGCCAAGACUAUCGACGGAGCUUUGCUCGAUCGAAUAGCUUCAAGGACAUUGAUCGAAAAGAACGUUGAUGAAAUCGGGAAACGAUUUGAUGCCAUUGCUACUGACAUAUCAAACUCAAAAUUGAUACGCGAGAACUCGGCGGAAGAACCGAAACUCAACUUUCGCAUAACAACGAUGAGUUAUCUUGUGGAAAAUAAUCAUAGCAAAAAUAAUAAUAGCACAGUUCGAAUUGAAGAAAAUUCAACGAGUUCAUUAUUUGGACCAAAUACCAUAUCAUCGUCUUCGUCGUUAUUAUCGUCAGCGUCAUCGUCAUGUUCAUCAUCUUCGCCAUCAUCAUCGUUAUCGUUGCCGCCAUAUUCGAAGGAAAACGAUAUGUGCGGCGGUGAAGAUGAGAACACUACCAUACACGGCUUGAAUCCAAGUAUGAAAACUAAACAAGAAAAUCAGCAGAAGAAAUAUUGUUGUGUGGUGUGCGAGGCGCGAUUCAAAGGCAGCGGAGGUCUUCGCAAUCAUUAUAAAAUCGUACACGGAGCGGGACCGAUCUUCAAAUGCGACGAAUGUGGCAAAGAAUUCCCGUUGAAGGAAAGAUUGAAAUUACACGUGAGAACGCAUACUGGAUUCAAGCCGUACAAAUGUCCAGAAUGUGACAAGAGUUUCGCUAGAGGUGGACAACUGGUGCAGCAUCGGCGCACUCAUAGCCAAGUAAAACCGUAUCACUGUGGUUUGUGUUCAGGCACGUUUACUUGCGCCGCGAAUUUGGCGUUGCAUGUAAAACGGCACAACGGGCAAAAGGAUCAUAAAUGUGAGAUUUGUGGCCGCGCGUUCGUUCGGCGCGAUGCGCUUAAAAAACAUUUAGAAUGCCUUCACAGAGACGUGAAGUCGUUCCUCUGUGUAAUCUGCAACAAGACUUUCAAGGGUCAUCUACCUCAACAUAUGAGAACGCAUGCGCGCGAUCGGCCACACGGUUGUGCCACGUGUGGCCAAAGGUUUGCUCAAAAAUCUCAAUUGACUGUCCAUCAGAGGACGCAUUCUGGUCAAAGACCGUUCAGGUGUCUGGUAUGUUGGCAAGCAUUUGCACAUUCAACAGCACUUAAACUCCAUACGAGGAGACAUACUGGCGAGAGGCCGUUUAAGUGUGCCGAGUGCAAUGCCGGUUUCACACAGCUACCCCAUUGGAAAAAGCAUAUGAAAUGUAUCCAUGGGAGGAACGAACCGUACGCUUGCAAAAAGUGUACAAGCUUCUUCAGGAUUAAGAAUGAUCUAGAGUGUCAUGAGAAAACUUGCCACCCUGAAUCCGAGGCCGAACAUGAUGCUCCCAGUGCUCGAACUACAAAAAUCAUAACGAACGCGACGAUCAUGCCGACAUCGAUUUCGAUGACAUUACAACAAACGACAGCAUCAUCCCUGCUUUCCAGUGAAACAGUCAACGAUAAAUUCUCACCGUCACCCAGCAAAUAUAAAAUAAUGACUGUCGAGAGGAUGAGAUUGUUACUCGCUGUACUUCUUAAGAGAAUCAGCAAACAAGAAAGACUCGACGAGUUAGGCUUUGGUAAAAGGCUAAUUGACGAGGUUCUUUACGAUUCUCUGAUAUCUGCUGGUAAAGAUCCAGUGACAAGCAAUGGUCUUAACGAACUCGAAACACUCACCAAGAAUCUUGAGAUAUUUCUCAAAUGGACCGUACCUAAAGAACAUUGGGAACAUUUUCGCAAGUUAAAUAAGACUCCCGAAGAUAUUUUAGAGACACUGACUGCUACUUAA